AUGGCGCGGCUGUUUCCUCUCUUCUGCUGCCUCGCGGCGUUCGCCGCUCCGGCGGCGGCGCUGCGGCUUGGCGCGCCCCUCAUGCGCACCUGCGACGCCAGCCGCCGCAAGGCCGCCGGGCGACACCUGAGGCAGCUGGCCGAGCUGCAGGCGCUGCCCGCCGCAGAGGCGUGCGAGGCGGCGCAGGCGACGCUGGCCAACAUGAGGGCAGAGGGGCUGCCUCUCAACGUCGACGCAGUGAGCCGCGCCAUCUCGCUCUGCGGCUGCGAGCUUCCCGUCGCCGAGUCGCUCUUUGAGUCGCUCGUGGCGGCCGGCAACGACUCGGAGGGCGCGUACUCGUGCCUUCUGCGCGCGCAGCUGGGGAGCGGCGACCUGGACCGCGCCCUGGUCACCUUCCGCCGGAUGCUCCAGCGCGGCAUCGCGCCGCGAGGUCGCAACGCCUCUCCGGUGUUGCACGCGCUGUGCGCGGCGGGCCGGCAGGUCGACGCAAUGCGCUUUAGCGGGCGGCUGGUGAGGCACGGGCUGCUCCGCCGCCAGCUGGACAGACUUCUGCGCGAGCACUCGACGCCGGGCGCAGAGACCGCCGCCGCAAUCGAGGCGGCGGUCGUCGCAGUCGGCGGCUCCGCGGCUGCCACCCGCGUCGCUGUCGGCCACGACGGGAGGUGCCCUUGCUGCGGAGGCGGUCUGCAGCUGCUCACACUCCCCGAGGAGCAGCGCGAGCAGCGGCUCGGCUCGCGCGGCUCCGACCGGCUGCGCCGCUUCAGCCGGUGGCUCGAGGGGCAGCCCGCUUUCGACUUCGUCGUCGACGGGCCGAACGUCGGCUACGCCAACCAAAACUUCGAGGGCGGCCGCUUCAGCUUUGCGCAGGCGCCGGCCGCCCAGCCUGUGGUUGUGUGA